AUGGAUAACUAAGCAAUUCUCACUUUGCAAGUUUACAGCAAGAAUAUAUUUUUUAAUCAUCCUUAUCAAUUAAAAUAUACAGGAGAUAAAAUUGUGAUGUAUAAGCUAAAAUAAGGUGUUUAAAUAUUUAGAUUUCAGGUCCUAAUCAGAAUCAUGACUCUGAUUAAGUGGAUUAUAAAAUUUGAGAACAAACAGCCCAAAUUCAUUGGGUUUACUAUAAAAAUAAAGAAAAAAUUUAAGACUUUCAUAAGUAAAGAUCCUGACUAACUUAUAAAACUAAAGAAUUUGCUCAGCUGCAGAUGUAGUUUUGGUAAUUUUGAUGAAUUAUAUACUGUAAAAAGUGAUAUAAGCAGAGGGUCGUCGGGAAGUGUAAAAAAAAUUCAAUGUAAAUCUACUGGAAAUGAAUUGGCUGUUAAAUAUAUUAAUAAUAAGGAUUUAACUCCUUUAAAUUACUCAAUCAUAGAGUAGGAGAUAGCUGUGAUGAACAAAGUCAAAGGAUUUGACUAUUUUGUUCAGAUUUAAGAUGUCUAUCAGGAUGACUAACAGUAUUUAAUAAUAAUGAAUUAUCUGGAUGGGUAUUCAUUGUCUCAUUAUCUGGAAAAUAACAAAAAGAUGAAUAAAACCUUCUCCUUGUUUCAAAUAUUUUCAAUAAUGAAACGUCUAUUUGAAGCUUUGAUCAAACUUUCUGAAUUGGAAAUAAUCCAUAGAGAUAUUAAACCUUAAAAUUUGGUUUUAGCAGAAGAAGAUGAUUUCACCUCUCUCACCAUUAUUGAUUUUGGAUUUGCAACCUUCACCAAUAUUAACAGAUAUCUUUUAUAUAAGUGUGGAACUCCUGGAUAUGCUGCACCUGAAGUAUUAAAUUCUCAAUGCACAUAUUACUCGUUUAGCUGUGAUGUCUUUAGCAGUGGGUGUCUACUUUAUUAAUUGUUAUUUCAUGAAUUACCAUUUAAAGGGGAUACAAUUGAAUAGCUAGUGCAUAACAACAGAAUAUGCUAAUUUAAUUUGGAUUUAGAUAAGUGUGAUGCUUUCUCAAAUAAUAUUAUUAGUCUCUUGAAAUCUCUAUUGGAAAAGAAAAUCUCUGACAGAAUACAAUUAAAGAAUGCGUACGAUUAAUUUUCAAUCUUGUAUGAUCUCUAUAAGCAAAGAUACGACACUGAAGAUUGUCAUGACUCCUCUCCUCUUGUUAAUAGAUUGCCUAAUUUUGAUACCUAAAUUGGUAGAAUAUUUGAGUAAAAUACUACAAGGGAAUCAAGAUAAAGUUUAUCAAACUGUACAUAGAUUAUUUCAAAGUGA